AUGGCGCAGAUCCCUCAGGUGUGGCACACCAAGGUGAUGCCCCAGGAAGAGAAUGUGGACCUGAACAAAAUGGUUGCUUUUGGUAGCCAACCCGAGUGCUCCAUCUGCUACAACACCUACGACAAUGUCUUCAAGACGCCCAAGCUGCUGGAGUGCACCCACACCUUCUGCCUUGAGUGCCUAUCGCGCCUCAUGGCCAUUUCGCUAGGAGAGCAGGAAGGAAGCGGCAGCAGCAAGAUCCCUUGUCCAUUCUGCCGCCACCCUACCCUCCUAACCGAGGAGGGUCCGCCUGCCCUGGCCACCAGCCAGGAGGUACUGUGUAAACUGCCCAGCCACCAGCAGCACGAGGAACCUGUGUGGCUGGAUGGGGAGAAGCUGUGCUACAAGCGGCCACUGGAGGCCGACCCCGGAACAUCCAGCUCCACCUCGGCCUUCUGCAUCUGCAUCGACAUCGGGGCCAGCAAGGCAGACGAGGUCCCUGCUCAGACGCGGCCCCAGCACAUGGGCUUCCUGGAGCGGAUGAACAACUGGAAGCGGCUGCUGCUUUUCAUCGUGUUGAUGGUGCUGCUGGUGGUCAUGGUGCUGUGGCCCCUGCAGUGCAUUUUCACCACGGGCAAUUUGCGCUGCAUGCCACGCUCCGUGGGCUCAGUACACGGCUUCACCACCACCGCCACUACCCCAUUCGCCAGGAUACACCGUCUCACAAAGGGUGCCUUUAAUUAAAACACAUGUAUGUAGUAGGCCGGAUACCUGAAAAUGCACAAGGCCAUGUGGUUAAGGCCCACGACUGAAUCAAAGAAGACUGAAUAUAGCACUAGAUGGUGAGAGACUCUGCACACUCCAUCCAAUCGUUUUAACAAUUGAUAAUGGCGUGCUCAGCAUCAGUUACAAAUAACAUUCCUAUUGAAAUUCAUACAUUAAUUCCAAUCCUUGCACUUUGAUUAACUAAUAUUGUUUGAGAUUUUCCUUAAAAUUGUUAUUUUGCUGUAACAAUAUAAUAUGUGGAUAAAAUGCAUUGUAAUAUUCAGACACAAUCUGGGUGAAAUCUAUUAAUAUCUAAAGUAUCAGAUUUGUUGGCCACAGUGCAACAGUAUAGUCUGACAGCUAGGUGAUUUUUUUUCAAACCAAAUUCGUCCGACAUUGCUUUCACAACACACAAAGUAUUAUUGUUGUGUAUUCAAGUCAGAGCAGACACUGAAACUCAAUAACUUAGGAACCUCGACUCAAAAUGUUAAGUUUAAGAACAAUGUGCAAGGUUAGCUUUCUUAUCUGAUUUGAAAAUAAUUCUAUGCCAAAACGCAAUGCUGAAAUUGUAAGUGUAUAUAAAUGUAUAGUUGAUUGUAAUAUUUGGAUAUAUAUUUAGUUUACAAUACUACAAUAAAUGAAAAACAAUACAGGCAUGGUCUAGGUUUAGGAAAAUACUGCAUAGCUUUGUUUAUGAAAAGCUUUGUACAGCACCUCUCUAAUCAGGAUUGACCAACAUUACAUAGACAUGGAUGGGUGGCCUUGGUAGGAACUAAUGAUUCAUGGACUGCUGUUUCCCACUUCCUGUUAGAAUAUUUUUAUUGUAUUAUUCUAAUAAUAUUUUUUUGUUCUUUAUUUUUUAACAUUACAAAAACAAACGUAUACAUACGAACAACAACUUACAGACACACAAACAAUGACUACAUCUCCUCUGCCCCGCAUGCUCACUCCCCCUUCCCUAGUGUCUACAUUAUUGUUUGCCACUUGGCCUUAAAUUGUACCAAUGUAUUUUUCUCGGUCGCCCAUGCUAUUUCAACAUUUCAAUAAUAAAUAAUUAUAUUUUCCCAUUGUGUCAAUGUUAGCGGAUUGUUUGAGUUUCAAGUUUUUAGCAUACGUUUUUUUAAGAUGAGUGAUUACUGCUAGAAUCUUAUCUGGGCACACACCAUUGACCAGUCAGGAUUUUUCCAAUACACAACCAUUGUUACUAACAACAAGGUUGUAAACUGCUUCAAAGGAAUAGUGAACCCUUCCUACUACAGUAAGGAGUGGCCUUUCCAGUUAGGAGUUAUCUUUUUACAGUAGUGAGUAUUGAUAUGAGUCUGAAAAACACCCUACUUCAGAAUGCAAUAAAAAGCUAUUUUAGAAAGCAUUUUAUUACCCUGUGUUAGAUAGAUAUGCAAAGUUAUAAGAUAUAAGUGCUUUAGUUUAUUUCCUCCUGAAAUAAUGCAUUUCUUCCUCCUGAAAGGAAAAUAUAUGGUCUCAUGAAAGGCAUGGACAUUGAUUGGCAAGUCACAUUACAGCACACAAGAGUCACUCUGGAUAAGAGCGUCUGCUAAAUGACUAAAAUGUUAAAUGUAAGAGCAUAACCACAAAAGAGGAGUAUAACUAAGUAUAGCUAACUAAAUAUGACAUAAGCAAAUAGUUUAUAGCGAUUAAAAAAGUUGCAUUAGUCGGUCUUUAGCUUUUACCUAAGAAAUAACACAUUUCCUGCAGAAGAAAAUCACUUCACAUUUCCCUGCUUAUAAGUAAAGGUUGCGCUAACUGUCCACGGACAUCAGCAACAGGAAGUCACAUUAUUACAGCAUUCAAGUGGGCACUUGACAUAACAAACUAUCAUUACAUAGAGACAGGAAUGAGCAGAGAUCUUAUGAAAUAUUGGAUAUUUCCUUCAUAGAUUUUUAUUAAACUAUUAAAUAUUUAAUCAUUUUGUUGUAAUUUCUGACCAACUCAUUGCAUCAGCGCUAUAUGCCUGGACAGAAGGCGUUUGGGCUAAGCCAGUGCAAGAGGGGGAAACAGUCUUCAUCCGAACACAGCAACAGUCAGUAUACCACUACUCAAAUCAGGCAUAUUGCAACCAACAAAGAAACAAGUAUUUUUUUUUACUAUGUCGACAUCAUAUUCAAGUCAAUUUAAAGAGCAGAAAUAAAAUAACUGAUAUAAUUACUGUAUACCUCCAAGAACACCUGUUUAGCUUACAAAUCAUUAUCAUGAUGUUAUUAUCAAUGGUGUAAUAACACCAAAUAGAAACACAAAUAAUAAUAACAAUAAUAAUCAUAAUAAUCUUAUACAAAACAAAAUGCAUCAAAAGAAAAUAGGAAAUGUACAAUUUGAAACACCUCAGUAAAUGAAAAGAAAACUUACAACACUGAUGGCGUAUACUUCUAGCAGACUACCAACAUACUGUACUCUUUAAACAGCCAAUGGACAUCCUAUCAGUCACAGAUCACAAGCCCACAGCUAAAGGACUCAGAAGCUUCAAACAGAAUUUCAAGUAUUGAAGUGUUAGGGGCGAAUGCUAAUUGCCACCUAAGUAAUGUUUUCACUCAGUGUCCCACUGACAUCAAUACAUGACUAAGUGAACAUUUGUCAUAAGUAGAAGUUAAGGAUUUGCCCCUCAAUGUUUCACCACAUCAUAAAACGUUUUGACCCAUAGAGGCAAAGUGAAAUACAAUACAAAACCAUCAUCAACAUCAUCAUCAUUAUCAUCAUCAACAACAGCGCAACAUAAUUAAGAAAACAGAAAACAAAACAUUUUGGUUCCGAUCGGUCCUGCGGUUCUGGACGUUUAAAGUAGUCAACAUCAUUGAAAAUUGUCCAAAAUACAUCAAAAGCAAAUAAUAUUGCAUGAUCAGUUUGAUUUUGAGUUCUGAUAUUUGGCAAGCGUGGUAAAUAGUACAGAAGUAACUCGUCCUAGGGCAAUGUGUCCAAUUUGUCCUGAUGGUGGCACAGUGGGCACACAGCGUAAUCCCGUCAAUGCUGCUUGCAGCUUUAAUUCCGGAUGUUUUCCUGAGCUUUUUAUAGCUCCCAAACAGACUUCAAACACUUACAGACAGAUCACAGACAUGGGUAUAAGACAAUGGGUGAGGUUUUGUGGAUAUAACAGUCCAUUUCAUACAUUUCUGCCCAGGAAAUAGUGUCUAUUAUACCGUAAUAGAGUCAUAUAGUUGUUGUCACAAACUCCAAAUUGAACACAGUUGUCACAUACUAUUUGAAUGUUCAUAUCCCACUGAGCCAACAUUUUCUGCACUUACAUUAUUCAUAUACAGUGGGGAGAACAAGUAUUUGAUACACUGCCGAUUUUGCAGGUUUUCCUACUUACAAAGCAUGUAGAGGUCUGUAAUUUUUAUCAUAGGUCCACUUCAACUGUGAGAGAUGGAAUCUAAAACAAAAAUCCAGAUAAUCACAUUGUAUGAUUUUUAAGUAAUUCAUUUGCAUUUUAUUGCAUGACAUAAGUAUUUGAUACAUCAGAAAAGCAGAACUUCAUAUUUGGUUCAGAAACUUUGUUUGCAAUUACAGAGAUCAUACGUUUCCUGUAGGUCUUGACCAGGUUUGCACACACUGCAGCAGGGAUUUUGGCCCACUCCUCCAUACAGACCUUCUCCAGAUCCUUCAGGUUUCGGGGCUGUCGCUGGGCAAUACGGACUUUCAGCUCCCUCCAAAGAUGUUCUAUUGGGUUCAGGUCUGGAGACUGGCUAGGCCACUCCAGGACCUUGAGAUGCUUCUUACGGAGCCACUCCUUAGUUGCCCUGGCUGUGUGUUUCGGGUCGUUGUCAUGCUGGAAGACCCAGCCACGACCCAUCUUCAAUGCUCUUACUGAGGGAAGGAGGUUGUUGGCCAAGAUCACGCGAUACAUGGCCCCAUCCAUCAGCCCCUCAAUACGGUGCAGUCGUCCUGUCCCCUUUGCAGAAAAGCAUCCCCAAAGAAUGAUGUUUCCACCUCCAUGCUUCACGGUUGGGAUGGUGUUCUUGGGGUUGUACUCCUCCUUGUUCUUCCUCCAAACACGGCGAGUGGAGUUUAGACCAAAAAGCUCUAUUUUUGUCUCAUCAGACCACAUGACCUUCUCCCAUUCCUCCUCUGGAUCAUCCAGAUGGUCAUUGGCAAACUUCAGAUGGGCCUGGACAUGCGCUGGCUUGAGCAGGGGGACCUUGCGUGCGCUGCAGUAUUUUAAUCCAUGACGGCGUAGUGUGUUACUAAUGGUUUACUUUGAGACUGUGGUCCCAGCUCUCUUCAGGUCAUUGACCAGGUCCUGCCGUGUAGUUCUGGGCUGAUCCCUCACCUUCCUCAUGAUCAUUGAUGCCCCACGAGGUGAGAUCUUGCAUGGAGCCCCAGACCGAGGGUGAUUGACUGUCAUCUUGAACUUCUUCCAUUUUCUAAUAAUUGAGCCAACAGUUGUUGCCUUCUCACCAAGCUGCUUGCCUAUUGUCCUGUAGCCAAUCCCAGCCUUGUGCAGGUCUACAAUUUUAUCCCUGAUGUCCUUACACAGCUCUCUGGUCUUGGCCAUUGUGGAGAGGUUGGAGUCUGUUUGAUUGAGUGUGUGGACAGGUGUCUUUUAUACAGGUAACGAGUUCAAACAGGUGCAGUUAAUACAGGUAAUGAGUGGAGAACAGGAGGGCUUCUUAAAGAAAAACUAACAGGUCUGUGAGAGCCGGAAUUCUUACUGGUUGGUAGGUGAUCAAAUACUUAUGUCAUGCAAAAAAAUUGAAAUUAAUUACUUAAAAAUCAUACAAUGUGAUUUUCUGGAUGUUUGUUUUAGAUUCCGUCUCUCACAGUUGAAGUGUACCUAUGAUAAAAAUUACAGACCUCUACAUGCUUUGUAAGUAGGAAAACCUGCAAAAUCGGCAGUGUAUCAAAUACUUGUUCUCCCCACUGUAAAUGUUUUUUUAAAUCAGGUUUUUGUUUGGCGGACCUCAUUCUUGUAGUCAUAGUAUUCAAUUAAACUCAUGAAUGUAACAUUUUAUGUCAAAAAGUUUUUCAUUCUACUUGUAGCCCUGGUUGUGCUAAAAGGAAAACAGUAAAGCACUUCAAUGUGAGGCUAAAUAUGAGGGCUUGACAAGCAGAUACAUGAAAUUAGUGACAUAAAUGGACUGACAGGCUGAUUUGGCUUGGGACUGAUAUAUAUAUAUAAUAUGUUUAAAAAUACAUUCAAUUUAUACACAUUAAAUUCCACCAAAUGCUGGAUUAUUUGUGACUACUUUGAGUGUAAUAUGAAUCUCCUUACAUUAGGUCAGAAGGUAAUCAUAUUCUGAAGGGAAUAACCUAAUGGUAUUGGAACUCUGCCUGCAUGGGGACAUAAACCUUUAUGACCUACUUUAUAAAAUGCGUUUGAAUGAAAUCAUGUUAACCAUUUGGGAUUAUGUACACACUGUGUGAUGUUAAAAAUAGAUUUUACACAGUUCUAGUAAAAUAACGGGCCAGACACCAUCUUAACACGUCAUUAAAAUAUAAAUAAUCUGGAUUUUUAUUCAUUCUCAGAUAAUCCACACCAAAAACAAAGAAGAGUAAGGGGGAAAAGAGGGAGUACCAAUCAAAAGACCAAGGAAAGGGAGAAAAUAAUACAGAACACCCCUUCAAGAUGGCGCAGAUCCCUCAGGUGUGGCACACCAAGGUGAUGCCCCAGGAAGAGAAUGUGGACCUGAACAAAAUGGUUGCUUUUGGUAGCCAACCCGAGUGCUCCAUCUGCUACAACACCUACGACAAUGUCUUCAAGACGCCCAAGCUGCUGGAGUGCACCCACACCUUCUGCCUUGAGUGCCUAUCGCGCCUCAUGGCCAUGUCGCUAGGAGAGCAGGAAGGAAGCGGCAGCAGCAAGAUCCCUUGUCCAUUCUGCCGCCACCCUACCCUCCUAACCGAGGAGGGUCCGCCUGCCCUGGCCACCAGCCAGGAGGUACUGUGUAAACUGCCCAGCCACCAGCAGCACGAGGAACCUGUGUGGCUGGAUGGGGAGAAGCUGUGCUACAAGCGGCCACUGGAGGCCGACCCCGGAACAUCCAGCUCCACCUCGGCCUUCUGCAUCUGCAUCGACAUCGGGGCCAGCAAGGCAGACGAGGUCCCUGCUCAGACGCGGCCCCAGCACAUGGGCUUCCUGGAGCGGCUGAACAACUGGAAGUGGCUGCUGCUUUUCAUCGUGUUGAUGGUGCUGCUGGUGAUCAUGGUGCUGUGGCCCCUGCAGUGCAUUGUCACCACGGGCAAUAUGCGCUGCAUGUCACGCUCCGUGGGCUCAGUACACGGCUUCACCACCACCGCCACUACCCCAUUCGCCAGGAUACACCGUCUCACAAAGGAUGCCUUUAAUUAA